ACGUUAUUGAAUUGAGUCCAAAGAGUUAGAAAUCUGUUUUAGUGUAGCGGCUUAUAAAAAGCUAGGCCAGUUUGUUUGCAAACAUGACACUCCCUGUGGCUCCGGGUUUAUAUAUUGACAAAACUUUCCCCAGAAACUGCUUAGGUUUCAACCACCCCAGGUUUGCGAUUAUGAAAUCAUUAUUUUAUUCUUUUGCGUUGGCCCUUUAUCUUUCGAACAAUGUUGUCUCCGAGUAUGUCGUGAAAGCGGGGCACGGAUCCCAAACGCUGUUGACGAUUGCAGGCGAUAAUCAUCGGUACACAGAGGUCUUUACUUACGUCCAAGUAUUGGCCUUGGGCUCUUUGGGUCAGGCAUCCAAGCCUCCUUCCUCAACUUCGGAAUCCAUCGAUGGUGCGGUCACUGGGACGGGAACCGAAACCGUAACUGGUUCUAUUUCGAUAACUGCUGUGGCUUCAACCCCUAUCGCCGUGUAUCACGAUACGAUAUUGAAAACCCACAAUCAAUACAGAGGUGUUCACCAGGUUGAAUCUUUGCUCUGGAGCCAGGCACUUGCAACAUACGCUCAAUCGAAGGCUGACAGGUAUGAUUGCUCGGGAAAGUUGGCCCAUUCAGGCGGACCCUACGGCGAAAACUUGGCCUACGGCUAUUCCGUUAAGGGUGCUAUUAAUGCAUGGUAUAACGAAGGAUCUGAUUACGCCUACUAUAAUGAAACAGCGUCGUCAGAUGGCAUUACAGACGAGGAUAUAUUCAAGAAAUACGGGCACUUUACACAGUUGUUGUGGAAAGGAAGCGGAGAACUAGGGUGCGGGAUAAAAACGUGUAUCAACCUGGGGGUGUAUCUUAUUUGUUCGUACGGGCCUCAGGGUAAUGUGGUUGGACAUUUACAAGAAAAUGUGUUUCCUAAGUUGGUGCAGUUUUCCCCCUCUGUAUGAGCCAUUAUCUUUUGCCCUGCAUCAUACAACGGUUUUCAUGGUUCGCCUUUGACUAUUUAGCUCUAGAGUAGCGUGGGGUUUUGAAUACGAAAUCGCGUGUUCAAAGAUAUUACAGUAACGUG